UCAUUUGUAAGCAAAUUUCUGCAGGGUUUUGAUCGAAAUUCAACGCAUUUUAUUUGCUUCGUUGCUAGUAAAACAAGACAAGUAUUACAAAUAAAGCAAACGAAAAAGGGGUAGCAAAUAGUUAAGUUUACCGAAUUCAACAACAAUAAAUACGCUUCGCUUCAGUACCACGUAACAAAUUCAUCUAACAUGGACACCUACUUGUUCGAUGGCGGUCGCAUUACAAAAAUGGAGGUGGACUACGAGCCCGCCUGCAAUGAGAAGAUCCCCCUGGCCAAGGAGCUGGCCAAAAAGAAUCCUGACGCCUUUCACGAAGCCAUCGAAAUGAUGCUUCAGCUGGAGAAACAAACACGUCUGGGCGCCGACAUGUUAUCAUGCUCGCGUGUCCUGGUCGCCAUUUGUCAGAUAUGCCUACAGGCCGGCAACUGGAAUGCAUUGAACGAGUACGUCUCGCUGCUGGUGCGUCGCCGCUCGCAACUGAAGCAGGCUGUCGUGAAAAUGAUACAGGAAUGCUGCACAUAUGUUGACAAGACGCCCGAUAAGGAGACUAAGCUGAAGCUUAUUGAUACACUGCGCUCCGUUACCGAGGGAAAAAUCUAUGUGGAAAUCGAGCGUGCACGUUUAACUAAAAUCCUGGCUGAUAUCAAGGAGUCGGAUGGCGAUGUGGCCGGUGCUGCAUCCGUCAUGGAGGAGCUGCAGGUAGAGACCUAUGGUUCGAUGGACAAGCGCGAGAAGGUCGAGCUAAUUUUGGAGCAAAUGCGCCUGUGUCUGCUGAAGGAGGACUAUGUGUCCACUCAGAUCAUUGCCAAAAAGAUUAGCAUCAAGUUCUUCGACGAUCCCGCCCAGCAUGAUCUCAAGUUGAAGUUCUAUUAUCGAAUGAUACAACUAAAUCGCGAUACAUCCUUCUUAAAUACCUCUCGUCAUUAUCAAGCUAUUGCGGAGCCGCCCCGCAAGAAGGCCCCAGCAGCCGCAGAGUCCACCACCGGUGAUGAGAAGAAAAAGGGCGAUGACAAAAAGAAAGAGGAGGAUGAUAAAAAGUCAGAAACCGCCGCUGCACCCGAGCCCGAAAUCGAACUGACAGAAGAGCAGAAAAAGGAGCUGACAAACAAGCUGGUUUGUGCCGUUGUCUACUGUGUUCUGGCUCCUUACGACAACGAGCAAAGCGAUAUGAUGGCGCAUUUAUCAAAGAACAAAAAAUUGGAAGAUGUUCCCGCCUACAAGGAAAUACUGCGCCUCUUCAUGUCCAAUGAGCUUAUUAAUUUCGAUACAUUCAAUGCGGACUUUGGCAUGGUCUUGGCGGAGAACGAUAUGUUCAAGGAUACCACCAAGCAUAGCAAGAAGUGCAUCACUGAGCUGAAAGAUCGCUUAAUCGAGCACAAUAUUCGCAUCAUUGCGAUGUACUAUUCACGCCUGCACUUGACGCGUAUGAGCGAGCUGUUGAAUUUGCCCACAAAUCGCUGUGAGGAGUAUCUGUCGAAGUUGGCAAACAGCGACACAAUACGUGUGAAGAUCGACAGACCGGCUGGCAUCAUUUACUUCACUACAAAGAAGAGUGCCUCUGAUAUAUUGAACAAUUGGGCAACCGAUGUGAAUCAGCUCAUGUCGCUCGUUAACAAAACUUGUCACUUGAUCAACAAGGAGGAGUGCGUCUAUUCGGUUAUGUGUGCCGUCGAGGAAUAGCAUAGCAUAUUAGAUUUAUUGUUUUCCUUUUGAAACGUCUGCCCGUACAUAUACACAUUUAUUGUAAUACUAACUAACCCAGCAUUCAGAUUCUUUUGCAAAUGUUUGUAUUCAUUGAAUGAACUACAACAACAAUUAAAAACCAAAACUCAAAAUUUAAAACAA